AUGGCAUCGGGGUGGACAGAGCUGCCAGACGACAACGAGGUCCUGGAGCAGGUGUAUGUAAAGCUGGAGAACAUUGGGUUCCGGGUUGGCCGGCGGCUGGCCGAGCGCUACGCGCCUGUGGGUCGGCGCUUGACAGACACGCUUGAUGUCGUCAAGUUUGUGUGCAAGGACAUGUGGAUGGUGCUGUUCAACAGACAGGUCGACAACCUGAAAACGAACCACCGCGGUAUAUAUGUGCUGCAGGACAACAAGUUCAAGUGGUUCCUGCGCAUGUCAAGCAACCACGGCGGAGCAGCCGCGGCGCGCAGGGCACAGCCGUACACCUGGCUGCCGUGCGGCAUCAUCCGCGGUGUGCUGGACAGCUUUGGCGUCAAUGCCGUGGUUAGUCCGGAAACGCUGGGUUUGCCGCAGUGUACAUUCCAAAUCAAGGUCGUUGCAAACGAAUAG